AUCGGCGGAACAUGUGGCCAUGAACCCCCUUCAGGAGCCCCGUGAUAUCCGACACCGCGAGCUGGCACGUCAUCAGACUGAUUUCCGCAGCUGUAAUGUUUAUGGAUGUUGCGAUGGGAUUUGAAUAAAAGACUGAUGCACAACAAUGGAAGGAUGGAAGCUGCUCAUAGCAUUUGGCUGGCUGGUUUCUACAAGUGAAGGUGAUGAUCCCAAAAACAUUCUUAUACUGGGAGGAAAUGGAUUUAUUGGAGCUGCAACGUCCGAGAGAUUGAUUGCAAAAGGCAAUAAUCUGGUACUUCUAAAUCGGGGCAACUGGUAUUGGGAUUCACAGUUCACUGUGAAGCCUCAUGUUAAACACCUUACUUGUGAUCGUCAACGUCAGCUACUCUAUUGUGAAGAUUUACACCGUUUGAAAGACACUGUAUACUUUGAUGUGGUUAUAGAUUUCAGUGCAUACCAUUUUGAGGCUGUUGAAGAUGUUCUCGAGUUACUGAAAGGCAAGAUUGGCAGAUAUAUCUACAUCAGUUCCGAUUCUGUGUACGAGGUCUGCCAGAAAAACCAUUCCGAACCAAGUCAGGAAAGUGAUGCCGUUCGUCCAUUUACUUCAGAGGAAAGGCUACUAAUGACUGGUAAGGAUGAUUAUGGUCAUAGAAAACUGGAAUGUGAGGAAGUGCUCGUCAAACAGAGAAAGGAAGGUGGAGUUCCAUAUGUUUUGCUAAGAUUACCAGAUGUGAUUGGUCCUAGGGACAACACAUAUCGCUGGUGGAUGUAUCAAAUGUGGCUUAAACUUUCCGGGUAUCUUGAAAGACAAAUCUCAAUUCCAAAGUUUCUCUUGAAUCAGAAAUUAAGCUUUGUGUAUUCUCUUGAUGUCGCAGAUAUGUUGGUACAGCUUACUGAUAGUGAUCUCAAAAACUUUGAUAAUGCCUACAAUCUGGGUACAGAUGAAAUGCCUACCUUACUGGAAGUGUUGGAAUCAAUGAGAAAACAUCUGAGAGUAGAGAAUAUCCCUAUACCUGUUAAUGAUAGUAAUGAUGCAAUAUAUCUGUUUCCUUCUGUAAAACUUGGACCAAUAGAUUCAAGUAAAGCAAAAACACUAUUAAACUGGAGACCAACCUCCUUCGAUAAUAUUUCUAAGCAAACAAUCAGUUUUUACGAGUCUGCCAUCAGAAAUAAAGAUUUUGACUUGGCUCGAAAAGAAAUUAUCAAAAAUAUGCAAGCAUACUUCACCAAGCAGCCACAUAAUGUGUUGUAUGGUCUGAACGGAGUGUAUGGGAUAAAGUACCCAGAUACACACGAAGAACUUUAGGUAUAUAGACUAGCUAGUGAUAAAUCCAUCCUUAUUUCAUGCAUCAAGAUUUUCAUUUUAUGUUUUUAGAAUAAAUUAUUCUAAAAGUUC